AUGUUUGGGUUUGGUAAACAUGGGAAUGGAAAGCUGAGUGAAAUGAGCAUUCUUGAAAAUGAAAUGGAAGAAAUAAAUGCAAACAUGAAUAUGAAUAAUCAUAAUGAUGAGUUAUCAAAAGACAAUAAAAAAAAAUUGAAUAAAACAGACGAAAAUAAAAUCAAUAUACUAAAUAAAAACGAAAAUGUAGAGUACUAUACUAAUGAAUAUGAGUGUAAAGGAAAAGGAAAAAGGGAAAAUGAAAUAAAAAAACAUUCAUUAAACUGUAAAUAUUGCAAUAAUCAUGUAUUUCCACUAAUUAGGUCUUAUACGCCUAUAUUUGUAUAUAUAUUAGUAAUAUUAUUAUUUUUAUUUAUUUCGUUUUUUACGAUAUUUUUAUUACCAAUAUUAUAUUUAACUUUUAAAAAAAAAAAAUAUAUAUGCCCUAUUUGUAAUCGUAACUUAGUCUCAUCAGAAAGUUCAAUUAAAAUAACAAAAGAAAAUAAGAUAAUAACAUUUCAAUUUCAGAAAUUUGCAAUAAUUGUAUCCGAAAAAUAUUUAGCAUUAUUUUUAUCAUUAAUAUUUUUAAUAUUUUUUUUUUAUAUUUUAAGAAUAUCAACAAAUAUUAAUUUUGAUACUUUAGUUAAAGGUCCGAAUAUAUCAGUUACAUGGAUUGACUAUUUAGAAGAUUGUGGGAAUAAAUCUCAAUUUCGAAAUAGUUUUAAUAGUGCAUAUAAUUUUAAAAACAAAUAUUAUGGAAAUACAAUUAAAUGGGAAGGGAAUGUUAUUCAAAUAAGGAAAGGUUUUUUUAGCAAUAACGUAUUAUAUAUAAAAAUGAAUCCGUCUGAAUAUAAAACCGAUAAACCAGAUAUAAUGGCACUUUUUAAUGAUUCUUUGAUAACCCAAGUUCAACAUUUACAAAAAAAUGAUUUGAUAUCUUUUGAAUGCACCUUUAUCCAAAUUAGUAGAAAUAAAGAUCCACAUACUUGUUUUUUAUGGAAUAUUGUGUUAUUAAAAAAAUAUAAAAAUGAGAAAUUUAAUGUUAUGAAUUUUGUUAAGCAUAUGUCGAUUUUUGAUAUAAUAAAUAACAACACAAAUUUAAAUCCUUUUUUUAUUCAUUCGAAAGGUAAUAUACCUGAAUCUGAAAUAAUACAUCCUAUUGAUAAAUAUGAUCUAUAUGAUACUGAUUCAAAUAUAUCGGAUUAUCCAUCUGAUUCUAUCAAAGUCAUAAACUUAUCAUCAACAAUCCCAGAAGUUAGUGGUGUUAUGGUAAAUAACGAAUAUAUUGUUAAUGUAGAUACAGAUGAUAUAGAUGCAAUAUCUAAUAUUACUGAAUUAAACUACAUAAACCCAAACCAAACAAAUUUAAAACAAGUUAUGUAUAAACAAGUUCUAAAUGAUAUGCAACUCAAUGAUAGAUAUAAAAUGGGCAUUUUAUAUGACGAAUUACAUGACGAUAAUGAAGAUAUGGAUAGAGUAAUUACUAUGGAUAAUAAACUAAAGUUAGCUUUAAAAGGUAUGAUAAAAAAAUAUGAGCACCGAGAAGUUUUAAACUUAAUAGAUGAAAAAUAUAAUACUAAACACAAUUUAAAAGAACUCGAUUCGUCAUAUAUGGAUGUUGAUUUACUUAAUACAAUCUAUGAUAAUGAUGACAAUAUGUCAUAUUUCAAUGAAGAAGAAAACGAAUUUGAUUCUGACAUCUACGAGUCAUUGCUAGAUGAGCCUAGCAGCGAUUCUUUUAAUUUUCUUUUAUUGAACAAGCCAAAAAAGUACAAUAUUGAUGAUAUUAACUUCGAUAGAAAUAUAAAUAUCUCAAAUUACAAUGAUAAUAAAGACGAAACGGAUAAUAUUGAUGAUGAUAAUGUAUAUGAAAAUAAAAAUUCUGAUACAAGUGAAAAUUCUACAUUAUAUGAUCGAAUCGUAGAAAAAGAACAAGCAUCUAUCUCAGAACAAAACCAAAAUAGUAAUGAAGAAAAAUCCAAUUAA